GCAGUAGCCGGUUACAGAGUACAGUUUUUCUAGUGUAAACUUAAAGUAUAUAUCAAACGUAUGACACUAUUCAUAAAAUAUAUCUUUAGAGUAGUGUUCUUACCGUGGUGGGUAAAUUGCGUCAGUGAAAUGGACUUAUUAUUAUAUUUACUAAGCAUCCUCCAUUCCUCCAUCCCUUUUGUUUUCUUCAUUAACGCAGUAAUCUGAUUUUUAAAAUUUUUAAAUAUCUUAUAAACUAUUAUUUCAAUUAUUGUGAUUUUUAUACUACUUGAGCAAUUAUCCUCUCAUAGUUUUCUGUAAACGUUGACACGUCAAAACUAAUAUUAUCGAAUGAGUAGUUUUUGCGUUAUUUCAGUUUGAGUAGUAAUGAUGAUAAUAGGUCCACCGGUCCAUGAUAUAAUGGGUUUGAAAAAUAUUAUUGGUGGGUUAAAUACGAUGUUACAUCUAUUUUAUAUUUUAUUAAGUUUAUAACUCCCAGUCUUUAAUAAGUAGCACAAACAAAUCUCAAAAAUUUGAAAGUGUAGUUUUAAGUAUAUUUAAAAAAGUAAAAAAUCAAAAUUUGAAUAACUUUACUGCUUUAAUGGAAAAUAAAAUAAAGGUGAGCAUGCUUGGUAAUUCACUCUGUACACGUGAAGAACGAAUAGAUAGAUAAUAUAAUAUAAUAUCCGUAUUACGGAACUGAAAAGUGUAUCGGGCCAUCAGCCAUUGUUCAGAUACGCGUACGACUUAUUAUGAAACCGACCAUCUAUUAUUAUUAUUAUGCAUUAUAUUGUUGUCUAGCAAUAUUAUGGUAACGAGGGCCGUUCUCACGCGCAGCGCUCGGCGACGUUUUGACUUCAAGUUUCGUUUAAAUCGCGAACCGCGACCACGGCGGUCAACGCUAACCGUACCACGGAAUCCAAUUAUUAUUAUCAUAUACUCAUGUACGAGCCACUGUAGUGCCACUCACACACGCGUAAAUAUAUUUUCUCGGGGCCGGGAUAAGGGGCCCGAGGCCACGAGCAGGUACCUACCACACACUCGCGUGCAGUCCUUCGUUAUUUUUUACCUCUUCCUUUCCUUCGACUUCGCCGAGCCGCCCGUAAGCCUUCUUUACAUAUAAAUACGCGUCGAAAACCGUUCGCUUUCAGUCUUUUUACUAGCGCGUACGUCCGUCUACGUUAUAAUAACUUUUAUAUUUUCACAACUGCUACCUACGAAAUAUAUAUCGUUAUCCUUCCAAAACCGACAUCACUCGUACGCUGUUAGUUCGCAAAAGUCCUGCACGUAGAGCUGCGUAUACUAAAUACGAAAUCUACUACAAUGACAUCACACACGCUGCGGUCACUGCAGGUCGUAGUGGUCGUCGCCACUGUUCUGCUGCAGCGCACGACGUCGGGCAGCCCCGUGUCGGCGUACGGUUACGGAGCGUCACCGCCGAAUCACCGUCACAACGGUUACUACGAGCCCGCCGACGCCCCUGCCAAGUACAACUUCGCGUACGACGUGUCCGACGCGUACACGGGCGACUACAAGACGCAGACCGAAGAGAGGGACGGCGACUACGUCAGGGGACAGUACACGGUCGUCGAACCGGACGGCACCAGGCGCGUGGUGGACUACACGGCCGACGAGCAGAACGGCUUCAACGCGGUCGUGUCCAAAGAGGGCCAGCCGGCCGCCCCGGUUCCGGCGCCGGCUUACCGUCGCGGACCGCAGGACGCCGGUCCGGUUUACCGUCGUCGUCCGGCGGCUUACCCGCAGCCGACCGCGGCCGCCCCGCCCGCCUACCGGCCGGCCUACAAACCGGCCUACAGACCGGCCGCCUAUAAACCGGCCUACAAGUCGGCCAUAUCGGCCGCUUACCGCCCGGCCCCGGCCGCGGUGUACCAGGACGACGCCGCCGCCGAGCCGGCGACUGCUUACCCGGCCACCCCGCUUUACAAGUCAGCUUACAAGCAGCCGCCUUCCUAUUACAGGCCGUACUGAUUGCUGCAGAGUCCGAUGUAUUUAUGUCGAUCAAUGACUAAAAUAUGUAAAGUGUAAAUUUAUCAUAAUAUGCAUUAUAACUGUACUUAUUAUUAAAAUUUCAAUGUUAAAUGUGUUUAUUAGUUAUAUAUAAUUAUAGAUCGAUCGUUAAAAUAAUA